AAUGCUGUGUGCUCGAGCAAAGCGAAUGACGUCUCUGCAUUUGCGGGCCGCCGACGCAGGGCUGGGUUUCCAUUUUCAGAGCGAGUUUCGGGGGGGAUCGUCAACAUGGAGCCGGAGAUGGAGGACAAAACGUUGGAUCUAAUGAACACGUCAGGGAUGGACUCGCAGAACCUAGUGGAUGACCUGUCGCCAAAGAAGAACACAGUUCUCAAGCUUAGUAAUGGUCCCGUUGUGGGGUCCCGUAAGCGCCCGUCAGAAGGGAACUACGAGAAGGAGAAGGAACACUGCAUUGCCCUGUUCGACCAGUGGUCGGAGGCCGACCAAGUGGAAUUUGUUGAGCGUCUGAUAUCCCGAAUGUGCCACUACCAGCACGGCCACAUUAACUCCUACCUCAAACCCAUGCUGCAGAGGGACUUCAUCACAGCGCUACCAGCUCAAGGCUUAGAUCACAUAGCAGAGAACAUUUUGUCUUUCCUGGAUGCACGUUCGCUUUGUGCGGCUGAGCUGGUGUGUAAGGAGUGGCAGAGGGUCAUCUCCGAGGGUAUGCUGUGGAAAAAGCUCAUAGAACGUAUGGUCCGCACUGACCCGCUGUGGAAAGGGCUCUCCGAAAGACACCAGUGGGAGAAAUAUCUGUUCAAAAACCGCACAUCAGAAGUUCCACCCAACUCUUACUAUCACUCCCUUUAUCCCAAAAUCAUCCAAGACAUAGAGACUAUUGAGGCUAACUGGCGAUGUGGCAGACACAAUUUGCAGAGGAUUCAGUGUCGCUCGGAAAACAGUAAAGGGGUUUAUUGUCUCCAGUACGAUGACGACAAGAUCAUCAGUGGCCUUAGGGACAAUUCCAUUAAGAUAUGGGAUAAACAGUCACUGGAGUGUCUGAAAAUACUGACUGGUCACACAGGUUCAGUGUUGUGCCUCCAGUAUGAUGAGAGGGUCAUCGUCACUGGGUCCUCUGACUCAACUGUUAGGGUGUGGGAGGUGACGACAGGCGAGGUACUGAACACGCUGAUCCACCACAACGAGGCCGUGCUUCAUUUACGUUUCGCCAACGGCCUGAUGGUCACGUGUUCCAAGGACCGCUCGAUUGCUGUGUGGGACAUGGCGUCUCCAACAGACAUCAGCUUACGGCGCGUCCUCGUGGGUCACCGGGCUGCUGUCAACGUGGUCGAUUUUGAUGACAAAUAUAUUGUCUCUGCCUCAGGGGACCGCACCAUCAAGGUAUGGAGCACCAGCACCUGUGAAUUUGUCCGUACUUUAAACGGCCAUAAGCGAGGCAUCGCCUGUCUACAGUAUCGGGAUAGACUGGUUGUCAGCGGCUCAUCUGAUAACACAAUUAGGUUAUGGGACAUCGAGUGUGGCGCAUGUUUGCGAGUGCUGGAGGGCCAUGAAGAGCUUGUGCGUUGCAUUCGCUUCGACAACAAGAGGAUUGUCAGUGGCGCUUAUGAUGGUAAGAUUAAAGUGUGGGACUUGCAGGCAGCGCUGGACCCGCGAGCCCCUGCAAGCACACUAUGCCUGCGAACUCUAGUGGAGCAUUCUGGCCGCGUGUUCCGCCUGCAGUUUGAUGAGUUCCAGAUCAUUAGCAGCUCUCACGACGACACCAUUCUGAUCUGGGACUUCUUGAACGUUUUGACCAAUGGCCAGUCAGAAGGACGAUCCCCCUCCCGCACCUAUACGUACAUUUCUAGAUAGCAGGUGGCUCCAUGCACCGCACCCUCUCUUGUUGGAGCUGAUUGGGCUUGAUGGGUGCGUCCAUCGUGGAAAGGAGCCCAUCUCUUCCCCCUCCUCUUUGUCAUCUCUUUGUCCACUUCCACGCCCGCUCGCGCCUCCUUCCAGACUCGAGACAGAACCUCUGAACGUGUGCCCGUUUUCCAGCCAGCGCCGCAGAUGCUCGACAAUAGAACCGACGGCACUUCCCCAGGAGUUUCACCUUCUACUAAUUUAUGUUUUGUAAAAUACACUAAUGACAGUAUUAACAGACCCUAAAUAAGUCCCCCCUCUCGAUAAAAAUUCACAAAGCUUCUGCUCUUCUGUUUUUCCACCCCAAGCCAAUAACUGGACAGACAAGGACUUGCUUACAGUUCUAUUUAUAGAUGACAUACACACACACACAUACACACAUGCAAAAUGCGCACACGGAGCGGCACAGCUGGACAAGAGGAUGGCCGGAGCUGUGACGCAGGAGACAGAGACUCUUUAGUCAGCUCCAGGAAAAAAAGAAGGAAGGAUGGGCAAGACGGAGGGAGCGCAUGAGGCGGAGGUGCAUUCUGGAGACCUCGGGUGUCCUCGCACGCUUCCCUCUCACCUCACUCCUCGACAUCUAACCUCCCCCCCAACAACUACUUCCCUUCCUGCUUCAUGUCCCCGCCCCUUCCACCCCCAGAGAUGCACACUAGCUUGGAGUACGGGGGGCACACACACAGGUGAGUGUGUGCUUAUUAUGUACGUGGACUUGGCAGAACAGCAAAAGUGUCAGACAUGCAUGUGAGGUUGCCAUGGAUACAGCAACUUCUGCUAUUUUGUUUUUCUUUAACUCUUAUUUUUUUCUAUGACAGUUAUUUUCUAAUUUUAUUCGAGUAUGUUUUUUGUUUGUUAGUACAAAUUCAUACUAGUCCUCUCCCUUCUUUUUUUUUUUUGCUUUUCUUUCUUCUAACUUCACGUCUGUUUGUCCGUCCCGCUCACUCCAUCUCUGUGCUCGCUUUGGUUAUGAGAGAAGCUGGAAUUCCCGAGGCUCAAAAUUUAGUUGUAAACGGACUUGUCUUGUCUAAAAUUGUGUUGUAUAUUAAAAAUGAUUUUUUAAAGAAGAAAAAUGACCUUAUUGUGAAUAAAGUACUUGACAGUGAGUGUUGAGCCAAUUGUAA